ACCAAAACUGGUGACUGAUUGAACUACUAGCUAGAUCAAGUAAAAUGGAAGACGGAAAAACUGGAGAUGUAGUAAGAAAGGAACCAAUAACCGUUCCGUUACUAGAAGAACAUUUAUCGCCGGCCACUACACUGCAACUGAAUCAUGAUCAUAGUGAAAUACAAGACGAUUUACCGAGUAGAGUUUGGGUUGAAUCAAAGAAGUUAUGGUAUAUUGCUGGCCCAUCUAUCUUCAGUAGUUUAGCUUCCUUUUCUAUGAUCAUUGUCACCCAAGCUUUUGCUGGUCAUUUUGGUAACCUUGAGCUUGCUGCAAUCGCCCUUUCCAUGACGGUUAUCAUUGGUUUUAGCUUCGGCGUAUUGAUGGGAAUGUCAAGUGCAUUAGAGACAUUAUGCGGUCAAGCUUACGGAGCUAAACAAUACCAUAUGAUAGGAAUUUACAUGCAGCGGUCAUUGGUUGUUUUGACACUCUGUUCAAUUCUACUUCUACCGCUUUACGUAUUCACUACACCAAUUCUUAAGGUCUUGGGACAACCAGACGAUCUAGCCGAGCUCUCAGGAUCAAUAACAAUCUGGUUGAUUCCACUUCAUUUUGCCUUAGCUCUACAAUUUCCUUUACAAAUAUCUCUCCAGUGUCAACUUAAGACGCCUAUAAUUGCUUGGGUAUGUUUGGGUGCCUUACUCUUUCAUAUUUUCCUCAACUGGUUAGCUGUUUACAUACUUGGUUGUGGUGUUAUUGGAGUUGCUGCUACAUCGAAUGUCUCAUGGUGGAUUAUAGAUUUGGUAUUAUUUUCUUAUAUUGUUGGUUGUGGUUGCCCUGAAACUUGGACUGGUUUUUCUAUGGAAGUUUUUUCUGGCCUUUGGGAGUUUUUGAAACUCUCUGUGGCUUCUGGCGUCAUGUUAUGUUUGGAGAAUUGGUACUACAAUAUACUGGUUUUGAUGGCUGGGAACUUGAAAAACGCUACCGUUGCGGUUUCAGCUCUAACUGUCUGUAUGAUAAUGGUUCACAGUAUGAGCAUAAAUGGAUUGGAGUCGAUGAUUUCACUUGGUUUCUUCGCUUCAGCUGGAAUAAGGGUCGCCAACGAGCUUGGAGCAGGGAAUGGAAAAGCUGCAAAAUUUGCUGCUGAAGUUUCAACCAUUACAUCUUUGAUAAUAGGGAUAUUGAUUUGUAUAUUGAUAGGGAUAUUUCAUGACAAGUUGGCGAUUGUUUUCACCUCGAGCAAUGUUGUCCUCCAGGCAGUUGAUAACCUUGCAUUCCUUUUGGCCUUCACCAUUCUCCUCAACAGCAUUCAACAAGUUCUGUCGGGAGUAGGUAUUGGCUUAGGAUGGCAAGCCACCGUAGCUUACAUUAACCUCGGUUGCUACUAUAUCAUCGGACUUCCACUUGGGGCUGCCCUCGGAUGGGUUUUGCAUCUUGGUGUUCGAGGUAUAUGGAGUGGGAUGAUAGCUGGUGUCGCUGCUCAAACGCUAAUACUAAUCAUAAUCACCAUUAGAUGUGAUUGGGAUAUGCAGGCUCAAAAGGCAAGCUCGCGGAUGAAUAUGUUGUCAAAUUCAUCUGGCAAACCAUGAAUACAGUGUUGCUGACUGAGCGUUCUUAAAAAUUAGAAACUGCCAUUUGAUCUUAAUAUAAGGCGUUGUCGGACGAUUUGGUCCUAUGGGCCCCUAAUCCAAUUGUUCGUUGGUCUAUUACAGUAUUUAAAUAUUCUAUCUUGUUGGUCCUCUGAAACACCAGAUGAUGUCAGCAGCAAUAUAAAUCAGUGGGUCUGGGUAGACUUCCGAAAAAACCAUAUUAAAACCGCACCAUCACAUGAGGGCAGUCCCACCCCUCUUGGAGUUAACAGGGGGCCACUGUCAGGCCCCACCAUAUGAAAACUGCGCGAAGGUAGUUUUGCGAUGUUUUUUUGAGCGGUCUAACAAGAAUUUUUGAAUAUAAAUAGCGGAUUUUUUGUGUGCCAGCAGUGUGAAGGUCGUCCUCUACCCAUUUAAACCCUAAGGGCAAUUCCUAUGGCAAUGUGCAAAACCAAAUUUUGUUGAGCCAGGUGGAUGAUCAAAUGUUGUUUCGCAUUAUGGAGAAGAAGUGGGCGGUUGACCAUCAAGCGCCAGGACAAAGUGUUUCCCCUGGCGUUUGAAGGAAAAUCGUUGGCGUGCGUAGGAGAACCGCUGGCGUUUGAACCAAGGCCGCCAACGACUACUUUUAAACGGUCACCGGAACGUCUAGUUUCUACCUCCAUAAAUACAGCUCGAGUUUGAUCUCACAAAUUCACAAUAAUCUUUCAUCCGAUCAAUCUUUUCUUAAUUUCAAUUGCUUUUGAUUUUCAACCAUGAAUCCUGAUUUUGGUUCUUCUGAGGAAGAUAUGUAGAUGGAUGAAAUAUUGUAUGAAGAAGAGGAAGAAAUGUGUAUGGAGUUUUUGCAUCAAAUGGAUGAAGAUGCAAUUCAGCAUAGAAGAAGGAGAAAUUUUAUGUUGCAAUUACAAACCGGGAUCAUAUCAAAGCCUUUAGAGAUAUAUGAAGUUACGACUAGAAUAUGGACAUGGCGAGAUCGACAUUUUUACCACGACAAGAUGAUGCAUGAUUAUUUUAAUGAUUGUGUCUAUUUCGAUGAGGAUUUUCAACGACGAUUCCGCAUGGGCCGCAACUUGAAGCAAAGGAUUACUGCCGAUCUUUUCCAGGUACAACCUUUAUUUAAUUAUCAGUAUGAUGUACGACAUGUACAAGGCUUUAGUCCCGAACAAAAGGUCAUUGCGGCCCUCCGUAUACUAUGUUACGGGGUACCAACAGAUUCCACGGAUGAUUAUAUCCGUAUUGGGAAAACAACUGCCUUUAAUUAGGUAUCUCAAAUUGU